CAGCGAGCUGAUGGCCCGGGCUGUCCCUGCUGCUGCCGCCACAGUCGCUUCUGUAGCAGCAGCCGAAGUCGCCGCUGCCACCGCCUCCCGGGUCGCUGGCCGCCCGCGCUCUAGGUCGGCCGGUAGCCGUAGUCAUGGAGGACUUCAUCGUGAUCUCGGACGACAGCGGCUCGGAGAGCUCGGGGGGGACCCGCUCGGGCCGGGUGCGGAGGCUCCGCCGGGCCCUGUCGCGGACCCCCAGCGCGCUGCCCCGCCGGACCGUGGAUUUCAUUGACUUAACUACAGAAACUAGACCAAGAGCAAAGGAUCGCAAUGGGCUCUGUGUGAUUGACCUGACAGGAAGUGAAGACGAAAAUAGACCUAUUGACACUCUUGAUUUGACUUUAGAAUCUGUCAUUCCCUCUCAGAAAGAGCCAGGCAGUCUGCAGACAUGUGCCAUCCUUUCUAGCAAAGAGGUAAUGGAAAGAGGAAACAGAAGCUCUCGACCUGUACCACAAAGAAUCAUUAACAGCAAUCCUGUAGAUUUGGAUCUGUUGGAAGAAACUACUUUUGAAGGUCCUCAGCCCCCUACAUCCAUCAGUCAGGACUCUGUUUAUCCAGAAGAGCCAAAUUGUAGCUCAGCUACAUUCAAAGGUGACCUCAGCUUCCUGCCAAGCACACAGCUAUCUUCAGAUAUUAGCUCCCUUUCCCCUUCAAGCAAUAAUGGUAGCAGCAGCAAUCCAAGGGCACCCUUGCCAUGCUCACUACGAGCCUUGCCAUCCCCACUGAGAGCCUCACCAUGUCCACCACGAGCCUCCUCAUGUCCACCGCGAGCCUUGUCAUGCCCAUCACAAACCACUCAGUGCCAGCUACAAGCUUUGCCUCACCCACCUCAAGAAAUGUCAUGCCCUUCUCAAGAUGUGCCAUGCACUCAGAAUAUGCCAGUCCUGUCUCAAGACUCAUCAUGGCAUCCUCAUUGCCCACUGAGCCCACCUCAAGGCCCUCUGGACCUACCUCAGGAUGUACCAGGCCCACCUCAAAACCUGUCAUAUCCACAAGAUGUGGCAUAUCAGCAAAACUUACGGUCACUACGAAACCUGUCACAGUCACUAGGAGAUGUACCACAGCCAUUGGAAAACAUGCCACAGUUACCUGGUAACAUAACACAGUCACCAGGCAAUAUGUCACAGUCACCCAGAGGUGUGCUACUUUUGCCAGAUGUACUACACUCACCUGAAAACAUGGUACACUCAUCAAGAGACAUGUCAUGUUCACGGGGAGACUUGCCUCGCUUACCACAAGACAGGCCUCACUCUCCUCAGAAUGAUGUACAGAAUUGUGACAGUCCUAUGGAUAUCUCAACUCCAUCCUCUACAAGUUGCUCCCCUGGCCCACCAUCUCCACAGUCUGAAACUUCCUUAGAGAAAGUUCCUUGGCUUUCUGUCACAGAAACAUCAGCCAGAAAAGAGAUGUCAUUGUCAGAGCCUGCCUGUGCCAGGUCUGUCCAGGUACAAACACAAACAUUGCAAGGCGGGCUGUGCAACAGACCCUGCCUACAUAGAAUGAAGUACUUCUUGCGGCCUCCAGUACAUCAUCUCUUCUUCCAGACACUAAUACCAGAUAAAGAUGCACGAGAGAGCAAGACUCAAAAAUUAGAACCCAUACCUCAUCGAAGACUAAGAAUGGUGACAAACACCAUUGAAGAAAACUUUCCUCUAGGGACUGUGCAGUUUUUGAUGGACUUUGUGUCACCCCAGCAUUACCCACCCAGAGAAAUUGUGGCUCACAUCAUCCAGAAAAUCCUGCUCAGUGACUCUGAGACGGUGGAUGUCCUCAAGGAUGCCUACAUGCUUCUCAUGAAAAUUCAACAGCUACAUCCGGCCAAUGCCAAGACAGUGGAGUGGGACUGGAAGCUGCUCACCUAUGUCAUGGAGGAAGAGGGUCAAACUCUGCCUGGGCGAGUCCUUUUCCUGCGUUAUGUAGUACAGACCCUGGAAGAUGACUUCCAGCACACCCUGAGGAGACAACGGCACCACCUGCAGCAAUCCAUUGCUAACACUGUAUUGUCCUGUGACAAGCAGCCCCACAAUGUCAGAGAUGUUAUCAAGUGGCUGGUCAAAGCAGUAACUGAAGAUAGAUUAACUCCGUACCCAAGUGGGAACCAAACCUCUUCCAGAAGAGGAAUUUCAAAAGCCAGCAGUGGCCAUCCUGCUCCCCAGCCUAACCUAACCAAGAACACCAAUCAGCUGAUUGUGUGCCAGCUUCAGAGGAUGUUGUCCAUAGCUGUGGAGGUGGACAGGACUCCCACCUGCAGCUCCAAUAAAAUUGCUGAGAUGAUGUUUGGGUUUGUGCUGGACAUACCUCAGAGGAGUCAGAGGGAGAUGUUCUUUACAACCAUGGAAAGCCACCUACUGCGCUGCAAGGUGUUAGAAAUCAUAUUCCUCCACAGCUGCGAGACGCCCACCCGCCUGCCCCUGUGUCUGGCCCAGGCUCUCUAUUUCCUGAAUAAUUCCACCUCACUACUCAAGUGUCAGUCUGAUAAAACCCAGUGGCAGACUUGGGAUGAGCUGGUGGAGCAUCUGCAGUUUCUGUUGUCCAGUUAUCAACAUGUUUUAAGAGAGCACCUACGCAGUUCAGUGAUCGAUCGAAAAGAUUUGAUCAUCAAAAAGAUUAAGCCCAAGCCCCAGCAAGGAGAUGACAUCACAGUGAUGGACGUGGAGAAGCACAUCGAGGCCUUCCGUAACCGCCUGAUCCAGAUGCUAGGGGAGCCUCUGGUCCCCCAGCUCCAAAAUAAAGUGCACUUGUUGAAGCUCCUGCUCUUCUACGCUGCAGAUCUGAACCCUGACGCAGAGCCAUCAUCAAAGCACUAGAACAGCCCAUGAGGGUCUCCUAAGCACUGAGCACCAAGAAUACCUCCUUAAACUGUUUCCAUCUACUUAGAAUGUCUCAAAGUAUGAACAGUAGUUAAAAUCUUACAGGACCAAACCUAUCUUAUUUAUCUGUAGGUUAUAAUAACUAAGUUUUCAGUGUAUAUCUUUUUUUUAAUAAUCCUAUUCUAGCCUGUUCUCAAAUAUGGCUUAAAUAUAUAAGGUGUAUAUAUAUUUUUAAUAAAUUAUUUAUCUACACAAUUUUUGAAACAGGUAA